UGUUACAUGCUUUUAUUACAUCAGAGCUGAGACUAGUCUCACUUCUCAGGAAGUGAGACUCAAGACAGUCAGACAGUCGUCAAUGAGCGAGAGGUGAAAUGGCGCAGAAAGGAGUUCAGCUGGACCGGGAAACCUUCUCUUGUUCCAUCUGUCUGGAUCUACUGAAGGAUCCGGUGACUAUUCCCUGUGGACACAGCUACUGCAUGAACUGUAUUAAAAGCCACUGGGAUGAAGAGGAUCGUAAGUACAGCUACAGCUGCCCUGAGUGCAGGCAGAGCUUCACACCGAGGCCUGUCCUGCUGAAAAACACCAUGUUAGCAGAUUUAGUGGAGGAGCUGAAGAAGACUGGACUCCAAGCUGCUCCUGCUGAUCACUGCUAUGCUGGAGCUGAAGAUGUGGCCUGUGAUGUCUGCACCGGGAGAAAACUCAAAGCACACAAGUCCUGUCUGCAAUGUCUGGCUUCUUUCUGUGAGAAACACCUUCAGCUUCAUUAUGAAUCAGCUCCAUACAAGAAACACAAGCUGGUGGAGCCGUCCAAGAAGCUCCAGGAGAACGUCUGCUCUCGUCAUGAUGAGGUGAUGAAGAUUUUCUGCCGUACUGAUCAGCAGCUUAUCUGUUAUCUCUGCUUAAUGGAGGAACAUAAAGGCCACGACACAGUGUCUGCUGCAGCAGAAAGGACUGAGAGGCAGAAAAAGCUCGAGGGUAGUCGACAGACCAUCCAGCAGAGAAUCCAGGACAGAGAGAAAGAUGUGAAGCUGCUUCAACAGCAGGCGGAGGCCAUCGAUCGCGCCGCCGAUAAAGCAGUGGAGGACAGCGAGAAGAUCUUCACCGAGCUGAUCCGUCUCCUGGAGAAAAGAAGCUCUGAUGUGAAGCAGCAGGUCAGAUCCCAGCAGAAAAGAGAAGAGAGUCGAGUCAGAGAGCUUCAGGAGAAGCUGGAGCAGGAGAUCACUGAGCUGAAGAGGGAAGACGCUGAGCUGAAGAAGCUCUCACACACAGAAGAUCACAGCCAGUUUCUACAUAACUACCCCUCACUGUCACCACUCAGCCAAUCAGCAUCCAGCAUCCAUAUCCGUCCUCUGAGCUGCUUUCAGGACGUGACAGCAGCCGUGUCAGAAGUCAGAGAUAAACUACAGGACGUCCUGAGAGAGAAGAGGACAAACGUCUCACUGACAGGGACUGAAGUGGACGUUUUACUGCCACAACCAGAGCCCAAGACCAGAGCUGGAUUCUUAAAAUAUUCACGUGAAAUCACACUGGAUCCAAACACAGCAAACACAUAUCUGUUAUUAUCUGAGGGGAACAGGAAAACUACAGUCAUGAGUCAACAUCAGUCUUAUUCUAGUCACCCAGACAGAUUCACUGACAGGUUACAGGUCCUGAGUAGAGAGAGUCUGACUGGAUGUUGUUACUGGGAGGCGGAGAGGAGAGGAGGAGUUUCUGUAGCAGUCGCAUACAAGAAUAUCAGCAAAGCAGGGUGGUCGGAUGAAUGUAGAUUUGGACGAAAUGACAAAUCUUGGGCGUUAGAUUGUUACAACAAUAGUUAUACAUUUUGGUACAACAAUGUCCAAACUCCCGUCUCAGGUCCUGAGUCCUCCAGAGUAGGAGUGUACCUGGAUCACAGUGCAGGUAUUCUGUCCUUCUACAGCGUCUCUGAAACCAUGACUCUCCUCCACAGAGUCCAGACCACAUUCACUCAGCCCCUCUAUGCUGGACUAAUGGUUUUUUCUUCUCUUGGAGCCUCUGCUGAGUUGUGUAAACUGAAAUAGACAGAAGUCAUUUAAGGGUUAAAUUCUGUCAUUCUGAGUCAUUUUUUUAUUUAAAAAAAGGAAAACUCUAAAUUGCAGCUUGUUAAAUGAGAAUAUUUUCUGGUUCCUUCACUCCUCAAGGGUUUUUUCUGCAUUUCGAUGCUUUUUUCAUUUUUUGACGCAUUCAAGGCUUUUGUUGAUGGUUUUUGAUACAUUUUCAAUGUUUUUUUUAAGGUGGUUUUUAUUGAAAGCUUUUUGAUGCUCGCUUGCUACAACACACACCCACCCA